AUGUUUGUCACACUGCUUCUCAGCGCUGCAGUAGCGGCAGCUGUACCGACAGUCAGUCAGCGGGACAAUUCGCCAGUCUCGGUGGCUAAAGAUGCUCCUAAUACCGCUGGUGCUGCUAUCUUGCAUCCAUUUGUAUCGUUCUCGAUCGAAUUUGCAUUCUUCCCAGACUAUGCAGGCAAUUUGUCCUCGCCCAAUAAGUUCUCGAACCAGUUGUUGGAUAAUCUUGGAGAUCUUCAAGGCGUAAAGCCAUACGUUCGUGUUGGGGGGAAUACCCAAGAUCUUGCCUUAUAUGAUCCUACGCUGAAGACUUCGGUGAACGGAACCAUUGUGCCAGCGGUUUCCGAAGACUACCCGUAUCUGUUGUAUAUCGGGCCCUCGUUCUUCGAAUCAUACUACACCCUCCCUGGAACCAAGUUCAGUCAUGGCUUCAACAUGGGCAAGAAUACCACUGCAGCGAAAGAUUCGCUUCUUGCUACGGUUUCACUGGCUUGUAAGGCUCUUCAGGAUGGUAAGUUGAUGCAUUGGGAGUUUGGCAACGAGCCCGAUUUAUUCAGCACGACUACUCCAUACUCCGUACGACCUGCUCAUUGGUCAGAACAAGACUACGUCGACAAUUGGUUGUCGGGAACUGAGAUGAUUAAGCGGACGAUGGCAAGAAGUUGUCCUGACAUGGUUUCUAAUGAGAUGUUCAAAUUCAUCGCACCCUCCUUUGCAGGGAUUGGCAAUUCAUUGGAUCCAGUCAAGACAUGGGAAGACGGACUCGAUUCAGAGAAGGAUAUUGCUCUCAACUCGAUGCACAACUACAUGGGGGGUGCAGAUGUGCCGGGCGUCACGCUCCAAAAGACCCUGAUGAACCACACCGCAGUUGUCAACGUUGUCGCAAAACAUGCAAACCUCUCGCAUGUCCUAAGCGAACAGGGUCGGACCAAGGAUAUUCCCUAUAUCUUAGGCGAAAUGAACUCACUCUACCACCAAGGCAAACCCGGACUCUCCAACUCUUUCGGCGCGGCGCUCUGGGGCGUGGACUUUAAUCUGUAUUGCGCCUCGCAGAAUAUUCGUCGGACUCAUAUGCACCAGGGAACAGACUAUAGAUACGCGUCGUGGCAACCCAUUCAAACCAGCAAAACCACGAUCGGCACCAAGGCACCAUACUACGGCAAUAUCAUGGUGGCCGCCAUGCUGCGCGGUGAAGCCGACUCCACUGUCCAGGUCGUCAAUUUGCCCAUGUCAAGCGACACCGACGCCGCUUAUGCAGCCUAUGUGGGCGGGAAAUUGGCCCGUAUUGCGAUGAUCAACAUGCAAGAAUUCAAUUACACUAUGGCCGAGUCCCGCCCUCGGCCAAAUAUGCCUUCCAUCUGCCCGAUGACUCGGCCACAUCCUUAUCGCUGCAACGGCUGA